UGUCGCUGCUUCCAACUAUGUGACCGGGAAAUGUCACGAUGACUGGGUAACAUGACCCUCUGUACGUGGUUGGGCGCGGGCACCAUCACAAGUGCCUCACGUGUCUCCAAGAGGAAGUAACAGAUGGAGGCAAGAGGGAGUAAACCGCCCCCCCCACCCCUUCCUCCUAGAGAACAGGGAGGGAAGAGGCCAUCUCCCCCCCCCUGGUUCCCUAACAGCUUGGAACCCCUCCCCUCAGGGCUUUCCUAAAGCAGACAAGUGAGUCCCCAUGGGACAGCUGCCCCCUAACUCCCUGUAGCUCAUUCGUGCAGCCAAGGCCAAUCCCCUAAUUUGGUGAUGACAGUUCAAUGACUAAGCGGUGGCUGGGGCUGAGGUGCCUGAGUCAGGUUGGGGACAGGCACUGUCUCAGUUGCAGGAAGUCAUAAACUUAAUUCCUCCUUUUCUAAAAGAGCGGAGGGAACAGGGUUGAGCAAGCAGCUGGGACUGACAACCUACCUGGACCGACUGGGUGAGGCUGUCCUGCCAUGAGGCUGGUGCUGGUUUUCUCGGGGGCCUUGUUGGGGCUUCUAGUCGCCCAGGGGACAGUGAAUAGCUGUCCUCACAAAAAAUCGGCCACUCUGCUGCCAUCCUUCACGGUGACACCCACAGCUACAGAAAGCACAGCAAGGCCCGCGACCACCAGCCACAGAACCACCACCACGGGCGCCACCAGCCACGAGCCCACAACGGCCACCCACCAUACGGUCACCACCCCCAGUCACGGGAACGCCACGGUUCACCCGACGACAAACAACAGCACGGCGACCAGCCCGAGAGCCCCCACCACUGCCCCCCACCCGGGACCCCCUCCACCCCCUCCAAGCCCGAGCCCAGGCUCCAAGGGCGCUGUAGGGGACUACACAUGGACUAAUGGCUCCCAGCCCUGCGUCCGGCUCCAAGGCCAGAUCCAGAUCGGAAUUCUGUACCCCCCAGGCGGAGGAAAGGCCUGGGGCAUCUCUGUGCUGAACCCCAACAAAACCAAGGCGCAGGGGGACUGUGAGGGUGCCCACACCCACCUGCUUCUCUCGUUCCCCUACGGACAGCUCAGCUUUGGAUUCAAGCAGGAGCCACAGCAGAGCGCUGUCUACCUGAGCUACAUGGCUCUGGAGUACAACGUGUCCCUUCCACAGGCGGCACAGUGGACGUUCUCCGUUGAGAACUCAUCCCUUCACGCUCUCCAAGCCCCCCUGGGCCAGAGCUUCAGCUGCGGGAACGCAAGCCUCUCUCUCUCCCCAGCACUGCGCCUUGACCUGCUACACCUGAGGCUCCAGGCUGCCCAGCUGCCCCCCUCAGGGGCCUUUGGGCCAAGUUUCCCUUGUCCGACUGACCAGUUCCUCCUGCUGCCCCUCGUCAUUGGCCUGGUCUCCCUGGGCCUCCUCGCCCUGGUGCUCGCUACGUUCUGCAUCGUCCGGAGACGCCCGCCCCCUACCACCCUCUGAGCUCGAGGCCCAGGGCUGCCUUCACUCCUCACCACUCAGCUGACUCAGAAACAAAGCGGCCUUCCUUCCCUCUCAGUCUUUGAGAACAAAAGUACAGAUAAUGCAACCUGGGGGGGACGAGAGGAAAGAGAUUUAUUGAAUGUGAUGAGUUUCUCCUCCCCCGUCCCCAGAAAAAUAAAACUUGCUCCAACCUCUG